CAUCGAUUUAGACUAGCAACUACUAAAUUAUCCCCACAUUCCAAGUUCUGGAACUCCCUUCCCUGUUACUGAAUCCUCUUUCUUUCUUUCUUUCUGCCAAUUCUUGCAUUCAGGUUAAUCUCCCACCAUCUCAACUUCCAAGCCACUCUACCACUUCUUGCCAAGUUUCCAUCACUUUUUAUAUACAUCUCCAGCAAUCCCACUUCCCGGAAAGAUUAGAAAGGAGCAUUCUUGAAAGGGUCUGGCUUCGAACUUGAGUUGAACAGGGGAAAAAGAUGAUGCGGAACGGAGAUCUGGAGAGUAGAGGAGCAGCAAAGGGCAGAACCCACAAUAACGUUAGCAGCUAUCAACCUUAUUAUGUGGAGACAUCAGAGAGCCAGUGGACUUCAUGGCUAGUUCCAAUGAUAGUGGUGGCUAAUGUUGCUAUGUUCAUUGUCAUCAUGAUUAUCAACAAUUGUCCCAAGAAUAAUUAUGGGAUUAGAGGGCAAUGUGUGGCAAAGUUUCUUGGAAGGCUUUCUUUUCAGCCUCUAAACGAAAAUCCUCUCUUUGGCCCUUCUUCUAAUACACUGGAAAAAUUGGGUGCACUGGAGUGGAGCAAGGUAGCACAUCAGCGUCAGGCAUGGAGACUUAUCACUUGUAUCUGGCUGCAUGCGGGAGUGAUUCAUUUAAUUGCCAACAUGUUAAGCUUGGUGUUUAUUGGAAUUCGGCUUGAGCAACAAUUUGGAUUUGUGCGAGUUGGGGCCAUCUACCUCCUCUCAGGAAUUGGUGGGAGCAUACUCUCGUGCCUUUUCAUUCAGCGCAGUAUCUCUGUAGGAGCUUCUGGUGCUCUUUUUGGUCUUCUUGGUGCAAUGCUAUCAGAGUUGCUUACUAACUGGACCAUUUAUAGCAAUAAGGUUGCAGCUCUUUUUACCCUUGUGGUCAUCAUCGUCAUCAACUUGGCUCUUGGUAUACUUCCUCAUGUUGACAAUUUUGCUCAUAUUGGAGGUUUCAUUUCGGGGUUUCUCCUUGGAUUUGUACUAUUGUUUCGGCCCCAGUUUGGUUACCUGGAAAGCCGCCAACUUCCACCCGGUGCUCGUCUCAAGUCGAAAUAUGCAGUUUACCAGUAUGUUCUCGUGCUGGUUGCCCUGAUUUUACUGAUCAUUGGAUUCACGGUAGGAUUGGUCAUGCUCUUCAGGGGAGAAAAUGGGAAUGAUCAUUGCAGCUGGUGCCAUUACCUGAGCUGUGUGCCCACAUCGAAAUGGAGCUGUAACAAUUAAGAAGAGUUGGGCAGAGUUCUCUGAUUCUGAAAAUUCUUUGUUCAUAGAUUACGGAUUUGUUUAAUGCUUUAUUGCUUAUAUUCUUGUACAGCAAUGUCUUACCUUCAGCUGGAGUUCUGCAGUCCUAUGCAUAUAUAUAUAUAUAUAUAUUGGGUUUCUGAUAUGUAUUAAACUUACAAGUGAUCUAUACAUGAACACUGGCGUGAAAUUUUUCAGUACAUGAAUUUUAUCUUUCCUAGUCU